CUGUCGGUCACUGAUCCCAAACUGGGUGUGGGGAAAGAGUUUUAGCACAGGUACUGCAAAGUCCCUCUAGUUGCAGACCUAUUCAUUUAGAUAAUAAACAUAAAGAUGAAGAUUGAUAUUCACAAUCAUAUUUUACCAAAGGAAUGGCCCGACUUGAAGCAGGGUGAAGCACAGAUGAUGAAAGAUGGGAAGCUGUUCCGAGUGAUUCAUGAAAACUGCUGGGAUGCAAACGCUCGCAUACGGGACAUGAAUAAACAUGGCGUCACAGUCCAGGCCCUCUCCACUGUUCCUGUGAUGUUCAGUUAUUGGGCCAAAUCUCAUGACACGCUGGAUCUCUGCAACCUUUUGAAUAAUGAUUUGGCCCAGACGGUGCGCAGCCACCCCAGGAGGUUUGUGGGUUUGGGCACGCUGCCCAUGCAGGCCCCUGACCUGGCCGUGUUGGAAAUGACGCGCUGCGUGAAGGAGCUGGGCUUCCCUGGAGUGCAGAUCGGAUCACACGUCAAUAACUGGGACCUCAAUGCAUCAGAUCUCUUUCCUUUUUAUGCUGCAGCUGAGGAGCUGGGCUGCUCCAUAUUUGUGCACCCGUGGGAUAUGCCGACAGAUGGGAGGAUGGCUAAGUAUUGGCUACCCUGGCUGGUGGGUAUGCCAACAGAGACAACCAUGGCCAUUUGCUCGAUGAUAUUUGGAGGCAUAUUUGAGAGAUUUCCCAAACUGAAAGUCUGCUUUGCUCAUGGAGGAGGUUCUUUUCCAUUCACUGUAGGCAGAAUUGAACAUGGCCACAAAGUCCGUCCUGACCUGUGCGCGGUCGACAAUAGCAUCAGCCCAAAGAAAUACCUCGGUUCUUUCUACACCGAUUCCUUGGUCCAUGACCCGAUCUCCCUGAAGCUGCUCAUUGAUGUCAUUGGAAAAGAUAAAGUGAUGCUGGGAACAGAUUAUCCAUUCCCACUCGGUGAGCUGGAGCCUGGAUCGCUGAUUGAGUCAAUGGAGGAUUUUGAUGACACAUUUAAGGACAAGUUGCUCGCUGGAAAUGCACUGGAGUUUUUGGGUCUGAAACGAGAGCAGUUUGUGUAGCAUGAUACUACACCAUGACUGCUCCAACUACCACUAAUUUAGGCCUUUUACCAAUUCAGUCGCAAUUUUAUAUUCAGAUGAAUUGAUACGUUUUGCAGAGA